AUGGAAGAUUUAAUAGUAUCUUCUGAUGAAUCUAUAUCUAGUAGUUCUGUAUCAAUCGAUAUUGUUAUGAGAUGUCAGCAUUGUGAAUCUAAGGUAUAUUCAAUAAAUACAAGUAAAACUCAUUUAAAAAAGCAUACUAUGUCAUGUCCAAGUUCUCCAUUAAAUACUGCAGAAGGUAAUCCAUUUAAACUAGUCACAAAAGAUGAUGUUGAUAGCUCAAUUGUUGAUUUGAUUGUUAGGACAGGCAUGUCCUUUAAUAUUCUUAAUAAUCCCUUAUUUCAUAAAAUGGCAAAACAACUUCACUAUAUUGUUAAUUCAUACAAAAUCCCAUAUCCAACAACAAUAUCACGACAUAUUACUGAUUUUAAAAAAUCAGGACAAACUGCAAAAGAUAUAACAUCAGUAAUAAUGAAUACAUUAGAAAAUUACUCUAUUAAAGAAAAAAUUUUUGGCCUUACUAUGGAUAAUACUACAACUAACAAAGCAGUAAGUCGAAUGCUUCAAAGUGAAUUACCAAAUAUAAAAUUAGUAUCUAUAGCAGGUUUGAAAGAAAUAAGUUCAUUACAAAUGAAGGUUCAUAAAGUAAUGAAAUAUCUAGCAAAUCCUUUAACAAGUA